AUGAUGGAAUUUAAGAUCAAAACGUCAAAGACGGCAAAAAUACUGGAGAACUGCCUGGUGCAGGGGGGCCGCUUCCGCGUCGGCCGCCGCAUCGGCGGCGGCUCCUUCGGCGAGGUAUUCUUAGCCGUCGAUACGCAAACUGGUGAGAUGGUGGCCAUCAAGACAGAGAACGCAAAGGAGAUUCACUCGCAGCUCUUGACCGAAUCGCGGUGCUACUCCAUCAUGACCCAAGGCCGUGCCGCUGCGUACAUGCCAACUAUCUUCGGAUACACCUCCGAGGGCGGCUUCAACUUGUUGACAAUGGAGCUGAUGGGUCCCUCACUGGAGAAUCUGCAUGAACAGUGCGGCAACCGCUUUUCACUCAAGACAACGCUGAUGCUAGCGGACCAGAUUCUGUGGCUCAUGGAGCUCGUGCACUCUCACAACAUUCUGCACCGCGACAUCAAGCCUGACAAUUUAGUCAUGGGCACCGGAAAGAAGGGCCACCACGUGUACAUCAUCGACUUUGGACUGGCGAGGAAGUAUCGUGACCCCCACACGAACGCCCACAUCCCGUACAAGGAGGGCAAAAGUCUGACAGGCACGGCACGGUUUUGUAGCAUCAACACGCACCUCGGCGUCGAGCAGAGUCGCCGUGACGACAUCGAAGGCAUCGCCUACAUCCUCAUCUACUUCCUCCGCGGCUCGCUGCCAUGGCAGGGCUUAAAGUCAGUCAGGGACCACAAGUACGACGUAAUUGCCCAGGUGAAGAUGUGCACCCCGAUGGAGUCGCUCUGCAAAGGGCUGCCCAUCGAGUUUGCGUCACUUGUGUGCUACUCGCGUGCGCUGCGCUUUGAGGACAAGCCUGACUACGGGUACCUCCGCGGCAUGUUCCGCCGACUCUUCGAACGAGAGGGCUACCAGGAAGACUAUGUCUAUGACUGGAAUAUCCGAAAAAUGCAUGAGACACUCGUGGCACGGCGACACAAACGCGCAGAGGAGAAGCCCGGAAAGAAACUGCUUUAG